AUGGAGGGUGCCGAGCCCCGCGCGCGGCCCGAGCGCCUGGCCGAGGCCGAGGCGCGGGCGCCCGACGGCGGGCGCUUGGUGGAGGUGCAGCUGAGCGGCGGCGCCCCGUGGGGCUUCACCCUAAAGGGCGGCCGCGAGCACGGCGAGCCGCUGGUCAUCACCAAGAUUGAAGAAGGAAGUAAAGCUGCGGCAGUGGACAAGUUACUGGCUGGGGACGAGAUCGUCGGCAUCAACGACAUCGGUCUCUCAGGGUUUAGACAGGAAGCGAUUUGCCUGGUGAAGGGGUCUCAUAAAACCCUGAAGCUGGUAGUGAAAAGGAAGAAUGAGGUGACCUGGAGGCCCCACUCCUGGCAUGCCACCAAGUUCUCCGAUAGCCACCCCGAGACGUCAGCAUCGCCGUUCGCCUCCGCCAGUGCCUGCCCUUCUUGGCACAGCCGACACCACGCCAGUUCUUCGUCUCAUGACCUGUCGGGCACGUGGGAGCCCUCGAAUCUGCAGCGCACGUCUGGCCAUUUCAGCUCGCUCGGGAGCGUCGACAGCCUGGACCAGCCUUCCCAGCCCUGCCCCUCCGGACGCCUGUCUGCCGCCAAGUCCAACAGCAGCAUCGACCACCUGGGCGGCCAGAGCAAGCGGGACUCGGCUUACGGCUCAUUCUCCACCAGCUCCAGCACGCCUGACCACACGUUGCCCAAGGCCGAUGCCUCCUCUGCAGAGAACAUCCUCUACAAAGUGGGCCUGUGGGAGGCCUCCAAGCCGGACAGCAGCCGGCAGGGCCAGGCCGCCAGCGAUCCUCAGGGCCUCGAGGAGAGGCUCGGGUCUUCCCCGGCCCGGGUGCCCCGUGACGGUAGCAAAAGCCCCAGGCCAGAGGACAGUGCUGAGGUGAAGCUGGCCACCUCCGGGAGGUCAAAUUUUGGGCCCGUCUGGUAUGUCCCUGAUAAGAGAAAAGCACCUUCGUCCCCUCCUCCGCCCCCGCCCCCCCUCCGCAGUGACAGCUUCGCGGCCACCAAGAGCCACGAGAAGGCCCAGGGCCCUCCAUUCUCAGAGGCGGCCAACGUGCAGCACUUUCCAGGCCUGAGCCGCGCCCAGCCCCGCGGUGACUGGAGAGCAGAAGCCGCCGAUCAGCCAUGGAGGCUGGUGCGUCCCAGCGGCGGGAGAAGAGCCGGGAGCUCAGGUUGCACACCGGACGUCCCCCUGGAUGGCGGGGUGCUGCCCUCUGACCACAGGGCAGGCGGCCUCCCAGGGGCUCCCGGCCGGCUGCAGGCCUCUCUGUCCGGCACGGAUGUGCGUUUCCCACAGUCUUCCUUCGGCUGCCAGCACGCACGCCGGGACAGUGCCGAGAGCCCCUUCUGUCACGGGGGCCCCACGGCCGCCACGUCACUGAGGGAGCAGCCCCGCGUGGCCGUCCCGGGGGGCCGCCAGGAGCCAUCUGCUGACCGUUUCCAGGAGCACAGCCCCGCUCAGGUCGGGCGGCCCGGCGCCACCAACCAGAAGGGGGACAGCGGUGGGCAGGGCCGCUACGACUGUGUGGUCAGCAGACAGUGCCCUCAGGACGGCACCCAGGCGGCGCAACUCCACCAGCAGGCCUGGCAUCCUGACGUGGCUCCGGGUGCCCACGAAUCCCCUACCCCACAGCCGCUGGGCCAGGAACCCCGGAGUUCCCUGCCGCAGCGCGAGCAGGCCCCGGGCCCCCACGACAGAGCCCGGGCCGACCCGGCGGACCGAGGAGCAGAGAGCCGCCCCGCAGGCAGUGAGGCAGCACCACGAGCCAGCCACGUGGAGAAAAGCGGUCUGAAGAAAACCGCGGAUGGCUUCGUGUGGGCCGACGGAGAGAGCAGCAAGAUCUCUCCUCACAAGACACCUAUGUUGCACUCACUGACCCAGGAGGGGCCGCGCCGGCCCGAGAACGGCCCAGAUGCGGGUACAGAGAGGCCGCCACCGUUUGACGCCCAGGUGGGCAAAGUGACACGGAGGAGCGACCGGUUUGCCACCACCCUGAGGAACGAGAUCCAGAUGCGACGAGCCAAGCUGCAGAAAAGCAAAAGCACGGUGACGCUGACUGGGGCGGGGGAAGCCGAGGAAGAGGCCGGCGGCGGCUGGAGGGUGGAGCGCAGAGGUGCCACCAGCCCCAGCCCAGAAGGGUCCUUCACGGGCACCUACAGAGACCACGUGAAGGAGGCCCAGGCCCGGGUCCUGCGGGCCACGUCGUUUAAGCGCCGUGACUUGGACCCCAGCCCAGCUGAGCAUUAUGCAGGGCCACCAGAGCAGCGGGCUGAGGACCACAGCGCAGAUCUGGACCCCGUCGCCCGCGUCUGGGAGGGCGGCCUGGCCAAGGCGCCCCCGUCUGGAGCGGCCGUGCCGCACGUUCCCCGCAUUGGAGGCCGGAAACGGUUCACGCUGGAGCAGAAACUGAAAUCCUACUCUGAACCGGAGAAAAUGAACGAGGUGGGGCUCUCGGGGGAUGAUCGCCCUCACCAGCGCCCUGGGACGUCCAAGGAGACUGUGGGCACGUUCGCCGACAGGUGGAAGUUCUUUGAGGAAACAAGCAAACCCAUUCACCAGAGACCUGGCCAGAGGCAAGCACUCUGCGCGUUCCCUAAGGAGAAGCUGGAGAGGCCGCCGGCAGCGGGCCGUGGGUACGAGAGUGCGCAGCCUUGGUUCCAGAAGAGGGCCCGCACUACCUCCUUUGGAGAAAACCCCAGUGGGCGCAGAAGAGCGGGGAAGGUAGGAAAACUGGAACCGCCUGAGAGACUUGGGACCUUUGCUGAAUAUCAAGCCUCUUGGCGGGAACAGAGGACAGCUCUCGAAGCCAGGGGUUCCGGGAGGUAUCACUCAGCCGACGACAUCUUGGACGCGGGUCUGGAGCAGCACGAGAGGCUGCGGUACAUUCAUGGAAGGUCCCGGUCGUCGCCAUCCACAGACCUCCACACACAGGAAGCUGCCAUCGAACCCCAGCAGCAAGUGGGGGACCCUGGCGAGCACAGAGAACUUUCCUCUGCGGUCUGGGCCGAGGAGGGACAUCCCCGUCCGAGACAAGCAGAUGCCCAGGGUCCAGAAGCCUGUACGACAGCACAGCAGGACUCUCAGAAGCCGUCCCAGCUCUCUAAGCCACCUCCCACCUGGGAAGCUCCAGAGGUGCCCCAGGAGGCCCGCAGCCGAGCGGGGACCCUACCUCGAGAUUACAGAUACCCAGAGGAAACGCUCGGCCCAGGACCACACGUGCCGAGCGUCCCCGAGGCCCUGCACACUUGGGGGCAGGACCCGAGGCCCGUGAACACUGCACCGCUCCCCAAGAAGCCAGCCCCACAGAGGCCACCGCCGCCCAAACGUGAACCCAGGCAACUCAAGGGCCUGGCUGGUGGCACACCUGGGGCCGCUCACCUAGGUGCCCCCAGCAGGCCCUUUCCCCCCCGGUCCCCGGAGGCCCUGGAGGCGUGCGUGGACCGCCUGUCCCUGUCCCACAGCCCCUGUGCCUUGGUGGAGAAGCUGAGCAGUGCGCAGCCCGAAGACGGUGUGAGGGCCUCUGGCGAGCACGGCAGGCGGCAUGUAGAUGAGCACACAGCCUGCCCUAAGCGUGAGGCCCUGCUCCCUUCCAAGUUCCGGCCCCUGCAGACGUCCGCCAUGGAGACCUCUCGCUCCCCUUCUCCUCAGUUCGCUCCCCAGAAGCUGACAGACAAACCUCCCCUGCUGAUCCAGGAGGAGAAUUCUGCAAGAAUUGAGCGGGUGAUGGACAACAAUACCACGGUGAAGAUGGUGCCCAUCAAGAUUGUGCACUCGGAGAGCCAGCCUGAGAAGGAGAGCCGCCAGGGCCUGACCCGCACUGCCGAGCUGCCUGCACUACCCAGCGGGCUGGAGAAAGACCAGAUCAAGACACUCAGCACGUCCGAGCAGUCCUACUCGCGCUUCUGCCUGUACAGCCGCCAGGGUGCUGAGCCCGAGCCCCAGCGCCCCAGCGCCCCAGCGCCCGGCACCAAGGACAGCGGGGCCUCUCCCUCCGGCCUCAGCUACGUGAAGGCCAAGGAGAGGACAGCCGAAGACCUGAAAUCGGAAGAGCUGGCCCGGGAGAUUGUGGGGAAGGACAGGUCCCUGGCCGAUAUCCUGGACCCCAGUGUGAAGAUCAGAACCACCAUGGACCUCAUGGAGGGCAUCUUCCCCAAAGACGAGCACCUGCUGGAAGAAGCUCAGCAGCGCCGGAAGCUGCUCCCCAAAGUCCCGUCUCCGAGAAGCAUGGAGGAGAAGAGAGAGGAGCCGGCCGUGCCGGUGGCCGCGUCCCUCGCUACCAACUCGACCUACUACAGCACGUCGGCCCCCAAGGCAGAGCUGCUGAUUAAGAUGAAGGACCUACAGCAGCAGCAGGACCCAGAGGACGACUCGGGGAGUGACUUGGACCACGACCUGUCGGUGAAGAAGCAGGAGCUCAUCGAGAGCAUCAGUCGCAAGCUGCAGGUGCUUCGGGAGGCCCGAGAGAGCCUGCUGGAGGACAUCCAGGCCAACAGUGCACUUGGGGACGAGGUGGAGGCCAUUGCCAAAGAUGUCUGCAAACCCAACGAGUUUGACAAGUUCCGAAUGUUCAUUGGGGACCUGGACAAAGUGGUGAACCUUCUGCUGUCGCUGUCCGGCCGCCUGGCCCGCGUGGAAAAUGCCCUCAAUAAUUUGGAUGACAGUACUUCUCCUGGUGACCGGCAGUCGCUGCUCGAGAAGCAGCGGGUGCUCAUCCAACAGCACGAGGACGCCAAGGAACUGAAGGAGAACCUGGACCGCCGGGAGCGCAUCGUGUUCGACAUCCUGGCCAGCUACCUCAGCGAGGAGAGCCUGGCAGACUACGAGCAUUUUGUGAAGAUGAAGUCCGCCCUCAUCAUCGAGCAGCGGGAACUGGAAGAUAAGAUACACCUGGGCGAAGAGCAGCUCAAGUGCUUGUUCGACAGCCUUCAGCCCGAAAGAGGCAAAUAAGAGGGGCCUUCCCUGGUGGGGGACAGAGACUGGCCCUGGGAGCUCCGUUCCUGAGGAUGCAAGUAGAAACCCCAGCCUGUAUUUAUAAUCUCCUGUAGCGCAAAUCCUCCGGUAGCAAAAUGGCUGUUAGGAAAGCAAUAACUUCCGUGUGUGUUUGCGAUGGUUUAUUUAAUUUUUUAGUUUCCCUUUUGAAUGCGGAGCAGAAUGUCGCACCGUUAGCCGCUUUUCCUUUGCAAGUUAGCGCACAUGGCAGCGGGCUCCGGUGGACAGCGACUUGGUGCAGUCUAGACUGUGGGCUCUGGUCGCAUGGUGCAUGCAAGGGGUCGUUUUCACGGGUAGGUCCGCCCUUCCUCCCAUCUUCACAUCCUGAAGCAACCGCUCGGGAAGGAAGCUGAGCGAGUCUGUAAGGUGCAUGAGAGGGGAAACCCUGGCGCACGUCUUGUCCUGUGAUUCAUCCAAAGCAUGGGCUGCCACGUGUGCUCCCUGUUCGUCCGGUGGUGUGGACCACUCGUUGUCCCUCCUUCGUUGUCCCCCAGCAAAAACCACGAUGAUCUGUGAUGCUCAUGUAUUAACAUUUUGGAAAGGUAAAUCGUUUCCGACUGGUGAAAAACCAGCUGUGAAACGAAUAACCUACGUGUUGGGUUCACUCAUUCUGAAAUCGCCGCUUACAGAAAUAGUGUGCAUGCUUUAAAACACACGUACAAAACAAAUAGCUUUAGUACUGGCAUCAUGGUUCAAGAGAUGUUUCUCUGCAAAGUGAAAUUAACUCGGUUCAAGGUGUGUCCAGUAGUGUGAUGUGCUUGCUAGACAUCUGUUUCCUGAGACCAGUAGCAGAUUUCCGAAAUUACUUUUUCCCCAGAACACUUAUUUAGUGUGCAUAGGGUUUUUAAUGAUAAUUGGCUAUUGUCUCUUUAAAUCUGCUACCAGGCCAUAAGGGUUACAUUCCAUUUACUUGUAAGAACCUUUCCUCUGGUUUUUCAGAGGUCCUAUGGACUCUACAACCCCUAAACCUGAUCUUCUUCAGCCACAGAAUUUAUAGAUUCUGUGCCCUUUUUACUGGUUGAAAUGGCAAGAUUCUAAUGAAAGUCUGUUCGCUAAGAAAACACUGUCAUGCUGUCCAUUUCCAGUGGACAAGUCACAGAACUGGGAGAAGAGAUUUGCCAAUCACGUAUGUGACAAAGGAUCUAUAUCUAGAACAUAUAAAGAACUUUCAGAACUGCACAGUAAGAGAACAGACAGCCCAGUUAGAACGUGGGCAAGAGACUUAACUUGGCGCUUCACCAAAGAGGAUAUAUGUACGCAUGGCAAAUCGGCACGUGGAAAGAUGUUCAACCACCGAUGGCUUGGUUAUAACAUAUGUUUUAUCUACGUCAUUGCAGACCCGGUGUGCUGCUUACAAAUGCUCAUCUGAUUCGGUGCCUGGUAAAUGGCAGGAGAACCCCUUGGAUAACUUCAUGUUGAGGUGAUACCUGCGUAUUUGUUUGAUCGAGGGAUCUUUGAGUUUUCCUCGUAUUGCCAUAAAAGUUUUCCAACAGGUGGGGAGACGUCCCUUUGCCAGCAGUGACCGUGGCCUUACCAAAACACAUGUGCACACCAAUGUCUUAACUGACCGGUGUCUAUACUUCCUGAGCCAGAGAGGGUGAGCUGGACUCCUGAGCCACAGCAUGGAUGUCUGUGCCCCCCAUAGAGGGGUCCAAACUGGCAGGCUCCAGUAAUGCAGGCAAUAAACACUCUUUUUGGCAAACCCGCCCAUGCCAAAAAGAUAAAUGCCUUUUCACAAGUUGUCAUUCCUAUUGAAUUAAGCUAUUUCUGACUUGAAAAAUCCCCAUUCUGCGAAUGAAGUGUCCUCCUUCCCUCCCGGUGUAGCCCCUUACUGUGAAAACUGGUCACUUCAGAAAAGGUGAAGCUGGCUGUCCACGGACCUCCAUCAUUCUCCCCCAGGGGGACAACCACAGGAAUUUGAGUGUACUUUGCUUUUAAUUUGGACAAGGCUUUUAUCUGCGAUUCUCUCCCCUCAAAUACAGUGUUGUGAAUCAUUUUGAUGAUAAAUAUGUAAAAUGUGAAUGGUAGAAUUUAUGUGUCUGUAUCUAGCCUUUUGAGGUCUUUGGAGGACAUUCUCUUAUACAUAGCAAUGUAGAGUGCUCUACUACCCUUACAGCAAAGCACAUGUCACCGUUACUGUCCUGUGCCCUUCCCCUGUUUGCCUCUUAAACAUCUGGUUAGCGGGGACCCAGAGACUGCAGUGAGUCGGUGUACAUACCUUUGUCUAUAGAUAUAUUAUUGCAUAUACAACAACAAUCUGGUGCUAAUGUUCUGCCCUUGGCAUUCUUAGGUGGUGGCUGAUUCCUCCCCCCUCUGUCAUAGCUCAGCUCUGGAAUGCUCUCUAUCACGAGAUUUCAGUCAGGGGCAUUGCCUGUGGCUUUUAUCCUGCCUUCCACUGUGGAAAAUGUGUACAUAUUUCAUGCUCAGCGCUUACCACUUACCUCUCAACACAUCGUCCUGCUUGACUUUAGAAAAUAAAUAGUGUCUUUGA